CACGAACUUGGGCUGUUCAGCUUUGAAGUUACCAUGGCCUUUGAUUUGGCACGAAUCGAAACCAUCGUCGUGGACUCGGUGGCUCUCCUUCGGUCUGUUAUAGGCGAGGUGAUGACUCUCCGAACUGAUACCCCAUCACUUUUCAUCGACCUGGAAGGCUAUCAGCUUGGUCGUCAUGGUUCAAUAUCCGUCAUGACCAUUUACGCGCCCCCAAAGGAAAAAGUUUAUCUCGUUGAUAUACACCGACUGGGAGCUGACGCAUUUUCUACUGUUAAUGUUGAUGGUAAAUCCCUUAAAUCCAUACUAGAAUCGUCGGUCAUCUUGAAAGUUUUCUUCGAUAUUCGACAUGACUCGGAUGCCUUAUUCAGCCAUUAUAGUAUCGCCAUUGGCGGUGCUCGAGACGUCCAGUUGAUGGAAUUGGGAACAAGAACGGGCUCCAAAGACUUUCUCGCCAGCUUAGCAGAAUGUGUCGAGAAAGACAGCACGAUUUCUGCAAAGGAGAAAAAGACAUGGGAGAUGACAAAACUCAAUACUCGACGACUGUAUGACCCCGCGCUUGGAGGACGAUACGAGAUAUUCAAUGAUCGUCCUAUUAAACCGGAAAUUGUGAAAUACUGCGUGGGAGACGUUGCGUUGUUACCGGGUCUCUUCAUUGCCUACAACACCAAGCUAUGUCGACCUGGAGAGAAGUUUUGGGAGGUUCAGAUACUGGAAGCAACCAAGAAGAGGAUUCAGCUUUCGCAAAGCCCAAAUUUUGAUGGAACAUCUCAAGCCAACGCCCGCGGGCCUUGGACUAGGGAGGCUAUUGAAGAAGCAAUUAACCAGUGGAAUGACGACAUCAUGGAUAAUGCGAUGAAUGAGGAGGGUAGUGAUUUUGAUUUUGACUUCGAGCCUAUCUUUCAUGACUUCGAUGACGACGACGACGACGAUUGGCAUGACGACGGUCCGACCAGCUGCAGAGACAUUAUCCCUGACUGUGACUACCAUUACUACUACUCUGAUUAGGAUUCUGGGCUAUGUGAUUUAGGACCGCAUCGUUCCUACUUUUCCUCACUACAGCUAAACGCUGCACAAGAAAUAGCAAACUCUUCACGAGGUCGAUCAAAUGCCGUCUGUCUGUCAAUUACCAAUACCUUCCUGUUUAUCCGUCUUGCUGUACUGUACCGUUGCGCACUGCGCCAAUCUAACUUAGUUAACCCCAUUAAAGCGUAA